AUGGCCCCCAAGAAGGCCACAGCCAAGUCCCCAAAAUCGAAAUCCACUCCAUCACGCCAGUCGAAGCCAGAGGUCGUCGAGCUCUCAUCAGAUGAGAAUUCAAGUUACGACGACAUACCGGACCUAGAUGCGGAGGCAGCGCAGGAUGAAGAGGCUGGGGAUGAUUCCGAGCCACAACCAGAGGCGGUGACGCCAGCAAGGAAGGGCGGCAAGCGGAAGGCAGCUGAGGAGGACGAGGAUGAGAGCCCCAACGCAAAGAAGGCUAAGGUUUCUUCCGUUAAAAUCUCCAAGUCCGAGUCGGGGUCGAGCGGCAAGAAGCACACCCACAGGAACGUCAAGGUCGAGAUCCCCGUGUCGACGCCGGUGACGAAACCGGCCGGGAAGCACAUCGUUUUCAACGACGACGACGGGCCCGCCGAGUUCUUCACGCCGCAGGAAGCCCCGGCACAAAAUCUGCUGGACGUGCAACUUUCCAAGGGUGAUGCUGAAGGUGAUGCCAAGGUGGCCGAGGACGAUGAGGAGAGUGACAGUGACGACGAGGCCCCGGAGGCCGUCUCAUCGCACACAGCAGCAGCACAGGCUGCGAAGUCCGCCCAAGCGGCCACAAGAGCCGCAGAGAAACAAUCAGAGCUUCAGAGGCGCAAGCGACAAGAGCGUGACGCGCGGCUCAAGCAGCAGGCUGAGACCCGCAAGAAGAAGCAGGGCGUCCCCGAUAAGAAAGCAGCAGCAGAGGCAGCGGAGGUCUCUCCAGAGCCAGCACAAAAGACCGAUGCGCCGACGCGCAAGCGACUCGACAGGCGUGCCCUCCCCGACAUGCUGCCGGACGACUUCCUCGAGGCCGCCUCUGAGGAUGAAGAGGACGACGAGGAAGGAGACUCAGACGACGGCAACCGGAAACCGAGGAAGGCAAAGUUCAACACUGUCGCGAAGCAGGUGGCCAAGGCCGAGUCCCGUCGGCCGCAGGACCAACGCGUGGGAUCAACCGUGUACCGCGUCGUGAGGAAGCAGGAUGACACGAGCCUGGCGCCGAAGCUGGGCAAGUACUCACGGCACGACAAGGAGCUGCUGCUGAGGAGGGGGAGGCCGGUGGCGAGGAAGGGUGGCUUCUUGGUGAAGCGGAGGUAA